UUCAAUUCCUAUCUAAAUGGGAAACUCACUAACUGGGCAUUCGAUAUAAAAACUGACUGCUAGCGAGAUCGAGCUUCAGUAUCCGAUCGAAUAUGCAACUAAGUAUCACAUUCGCGCUGCUUGGCUGGAUCGCCGUUGUAAAUGCUAGUGGUGGUCUAAGCCAACUCUUCCUAACGGCCUCAAAUAGACCAUCUUCCAAUGAUAACUAUGAGCCGCCUUCGUCCAAGCAGGCAACAUCGAGAAUUAAACAGUGCAAUCCCGUUGAAACUACGAGUUUAGAGCCAAAUGAACUGCUGCAAAGUACCAAUUCUCCUGGAGUGGCCAGUACCAGAAAUACUGUACCCCUUCCCACUCUGGCUCCCAGCUCCUCUUUAAGUUCCACGGAAAUCAACACUAACAUUGAUAAAAUACCCGAUAAAAUUGAGAGAGUGGUCGUACCUCUACCAACACUUAAGCCCACUUCCACUUUAGGCCCAAUUCAAGUUGGCAGUGAAGAUGGUCAAAGUAAUGUACCUCAAAGCGGUAUUAGGGAAUUAAUUCCUUUCGCCCCAAAGGCAGUGGGAAUACUUAAAGAAAGGUUGGAUGAUAUUGUACCCAAUACAAUUCCAAUUAAAAAACUCGUAGCACUACCAACUCUGAAGCCAACUUCCACAUCAACAACAACCGGAAACAACCUCUUGGAAACGGAGGACCAAACUCAGGAUGAUUGCGAAACUCUGCCCGACGGUAUUGGAUCACGAUUAGAUGCCAAAACACUUAAAUCGUUAGUUAAAACUCAAGUGGGAUAAAUAAGAAGAACAAUUCGAGAUUUAUAAGUUACAAAAUAUUAAAUAAAUUCCUUAUAGAUACCAAGAAAAAUUCAGUGUUGACUCUAUUAAACGUCACUCGCCAUGCGUCAUAACA